AUGGCUGAGUGCAAGUGGCAUGACGAUACCGUGCCGGUCAUCUUUGAAGUCCAAGAGGCUGAUAAGAAAGGCUGCGUUGACUCAGAACAGUGUAGUCUGAGGAAGCUCCUUCAAGAAAUGGAAGACGAAGGGUGGACAGACGUGACCGUGAACUCUCAUGAUCUGACACGUCCAUCAGCUGAGGGUCCUGAUGUGUACCGCAUCAAACCUAAGCCUCUCCAGAUGCAUUACUUUUGGUCCCAGCCAUCUGCCACGUUCGGCCUGAAGUACACGUCCAUUGCCUCCAUAUUCCAGGAAAAUGCUCUCAAUGCAGCGAGACCUUUGUCCCGCAUUUGGCGUGUAGGAUUCUUGAAGGAAGCCAAGGAGAUUACCCCUCGAAAGCCUUUGUACUUCUUCAAAGAAAGUGUGAGCCUUCUCGAGAACGAGGUCAUCCGUCUGGUUUGA